GUUGUCAUGAAGGAUGAUGUUAACUAUAGAGACCACAACCGUUUUUUGUAGCCGGCUGUAAACAUGUUGAUUUCUGCUGUAAAGUUGGGCAGUUUAACAGGGGGGGGUGUGUGGAGAUUGACUCUCUUUUGGAGCCAGCUUCAAGUGGCCAUUUGGUGAACUGCACUUCAGCGUUGGCAUCACUUUUCAGCCUCUGGGGUUGCCACCUAAAUCACAUAAACCCUCGUUGAGCUGGGGCCAGCUUUGAAUGUUGUACACAGUCACACAAAAGUUACCUCUUUUAGAUGGACUCGAUUUAUAACAAGCAGCAUUUCUCAAGCUUUUGUUGACUUGGCACUGUUUCCAGGUGGGUUUUCCUGAAGGUGUUGUGAAUAUCUUGUCAGGCAUGGGACCAUCAGCUGGCGCUGCCAUUGCAGGGCACAUGGAUGUUGACAAGUUGGCCUUCACUGGAUCCACAGAGGUCGGUCAUCUGAUCCAGCAGGCGUCAGGCAGCAGUAACCUGAAGAAAGUCACACUGGAGCUGGGAGGAAAGAGUCCUAAUAUCAUCCUGUCUGACGCCAACAUGGAAAAUGCAGUGGAGCAGGCCCACUUUGGUCUGUUUUUCAACCAAGGCCAGUGUUGCACUGCCGCCUCCCGAACCUUUGUCCAAGCAGACAUCUACGACGAGUUUGUGGAGCGCAGUGUGGAGCGAGCUCGGAGACGAGUGGUGGGAAACCCCUUCGACUUAAAGACCGAGCAGGGACCUCAGGUGGAUCAGGAGCAGUUCAACAAGAUUCUGGGCUACAUCAGCAGCGGGAAGAGAGAGGGAGCCAAGCUGAAGUGCGGAGGAGGAGUGGCUGCGGACAGAGGAUACUUCAUCCAGCCUACUGUGUUCGGAGACGUCCGGGACAACAUGACCAUUGCCAGGGAGGAGAUCUUUGGUCCAGUGAUGCAGAUCAUGAAGUUUAAAACGCUGGAGGAGGUGGUGACGAGAGCCAACGAUACUAAAUACGGUCUGGCCGCCGCUGUGUUUACUAAGGACAUCGAUAAGGCCAGCUAUGUCACCAACGGGCUCCGUGCCGGAACAGUCUGGGUCAACUGUUAUGACGUGUUUGCCGCUCAGGCUCCGUUCGGAGGUUACAAGGCUUCCGGCAACGGAAGAGAGCUCGGAGAGUACGGCCUGGACAACUACACAGAAGUCAAAACGGUGAUCACCAAGGUACCGCAGAAGAAUUCUUAGACCUGUGCAGUGAGCCCAGUCAGCAGCGAGACAUCACUGUCCCUUAACUUUUCCACCUGAUUCAACAUAAUCAAAGAACUAUAAAGACACCUAUUUGUAAUCUGACAUUUAUACAUUUUCAUAA